GUAUCGUUAUGGUUAUGCCAGUCAUGGGCAUGCGUGCACGUCGACCAAAGUUUCUAUCUUUUACCAACCACCAAGUAAAGAGAAAUUGGUAAAAUGGCAUCUGCUCAGGAGGAUUUAAUUGACUACGAAGAAGAGGAAGAUUUGGUUCAGGACCAAUCUGCUCAAGGAACUACUACUACAGCAGAAACUACUGAAAAUGGUGAAAAAUCCGAUAAGAAAGGUUCCUACGUUGGUAUCCACUCCACUGGUUUCCGUGACUUUUUGUUAAAGCCUGAACUUCUUCGUGCAAUUACUGAUAGCGGAUUUGAGCAUCCUUCGGAAGUGCAGCAGGUCUGCAUUCCUCAAUCCAUUUUGGGAACUGACGUUCUUUGUCAGGCGAAGUCCGGUAUGGGUAAAACCGCCGUUUUCGUGUUAUCUACCCUUCAGCAAAUUGAACCUGUUGACGGGGAGGUUUCUGUUUUAGUCUUGUGCCACACUCGUGAGCUUGCAUUCCAAAUCAAGAAUGAAUAUGCUCGUUUCAGUAAAUACUUGCCUGAUGUUCGUACUUCUGUUUUCUAUGGUGGUAUAAACAUCAAGCAAGAUAUGGAGGCUUUCAAAGACAAAGCUAAGGCUCCUCAUAUCGUCGUCGCUACUCCUGGUCGUUUAAAUGCUCUUGUUCGUGAAAAGAUUAUGCGUGUGAACAACGUUAAGCAUUUCGUUCUCGAUGAAUGUGACAAGCUCUUAGAUAGUGUAGACAUGCGUCGUGAUAUUCAAGAGGUUUUCCGUGCAACUCCUCCUCAAAAGCAAGUUAUGAUGUUUAGUGCCACCCUUUCUAGCGAAGUACGUCCUAUCUGCAAGAAGUUUAUGCAAAAUCCUUUAGAAAUUUACGUUGACGAUGAGACUAAGCUUACUCUUCACGGUCUUCAACAACACUUUGUUAAACUUCAAGAAAAGGAGAAGAACAGAAAAAUUAACGACUUGCUUGACUCUUUGGAGUUUAACCAGGUGGUUAUCUUUGUAAAAUCCGUUAGCCGUGCUAACGAGUUGGAUCGUCUCUUACGAGAAUGCAAUUUCCCUUCUAUUUGUAUUCAUGGUGGUCUUCCUCAGGAGGAACGUAUUAAGCGUUACAAGGCUUUCAAGGACUUUGAUAAGCGUCUUUGCGUAGCUACUGAUGUUUUUGGUCGUGGUAUCGACAUUGAACGUGUCAACAUUGUAAUUAAUUAUGACAUGCCCGAUUCUCCUGAUACUUAUCUUCAUCGUGUCGGCCGUGCUGGUCGUUUCGGUACCAAGGGUUUGGCCAUUACCUUCGCUAGCUCCGAUGAAGACUCUCAAAUUUUGGACAAGAUCCAGGAACGCUUUGAGGUUAAUAUCACUGAGCUCCCUGAUGAAAUUGAUGUCAGCUCUUACAUGAAUGCUUAGUUUUAUUCAUAGAAACAAAAAAAUUUUCUUAUAUUCCCUUAUGCUUUUCAAUACCUUCCUGUGCGAUCUUCUUAGUGCGACAUUGCGUUACAACUGUUUAUAUAUUAUUACCUUCUUGUACACUUAUUCUGUUUUACCCUCGUUCUUUUCUGUCCUACUACUAGUGGUGACUUUAUACUUUCUUUUUUGGUGACAUUGAGGCCUCUGUUAUUCAUUCUUUUGUAUUUCUAGCUAGUGAGAAUGAUGGGUUGAAAAUUCUAGCUUAUGCGUAGUAGCGUGCAUACCUUUAUCA